UGAAAUGUUUAAAAACAGGUCGCUGAUGACCGUACAAUCUACGAGAGGUCACUGCGCUAUAAAAGACUGGCUCGGUUUACCAUUACGUCGGCUCUCAAAGUGAGUGCGUGCCGAAGCUCACGCGUUACCUAAAUCUAGAACGUCAACUCCCAGAUAGCCAUGCAACUUAAAAACUACACAACCCAUAGAGCUGACAUACUGAGCAUGCGUGUUAGGUGUCCAAAAACCAGAUAGGAUGUACAAACUACAAACCCUGGUUCUUUGAGAGCGGUUGAGAGCUUACAAGAACUACAAUUCGACUUCCAUCGAGUUGCGCAGUGUGUAUUUCUAGCCCUUUAAAUGUACGUGCAAAAUGGCUGCACAGGUCGACUUAGUCCGUAUUAAAGUAGAAAAUAAGGUAAGGGGCCGUCUUGACAAAUUAGCCAAAGAAAAGAAGAAGAAGAAAAAGAGGGAACUGUCACCGUCAGCAGAUAAACGUCAGCGUUCGUCCAAAAAGGAAGCGAAGAAAGUGAAGCUCCAUCUUCACCACCAUCACCCACAGCAUGUUCAACAGCAGCGGAUACACCAGCCGCAUCAGCCCCAGCAGAAUGGACAGAAACAACCACGCAACUCCAGCACCGAAAAACCUUCCCUGCAUCACCGCCAGCAGCAACAUCAUCACAAGAACACCAACGAUGCAAAAGACCCGCACCUACAACCCCCUCUGUCUGCGCAGGUGGUACACGGUGCAACCAAGUUGUUGGAGAGCAAGAAAGCACUUCCCCCGGUUCUGCCUCCGGUGCCGCCUGGACUGUUCAGUUUCACGCCCCUCAAACUGGCCAAGGCCAAGAUACAGGAGAACAAGGAAAAGAACCGCGAGAAAGAACUUAAACUCAAACCCAAGAAAGAAAACACGGAGGCUAAUGUUAAACAUGGAGUAGGCCUGUGUAAGAAAAGGAAAGAGCACCAUCAUGAUGAGAACAGCCAGGCCCAGUCCUUGGAGGAGUACUUGAUGAGGAAAAAGAAAAAGAAGAGGAGGCACCACGAGGAAGAACACGGCAAGCGGAUCCGCACGUACAACAAGGAGGUCCAGACCGUGUGCGGAGGUCUAACUGACCACAGUCCUUCAGACCACCUUGGCCCCACAAAGAAGGAGGGCAAACACUGUCCGACUGGUGCAUCCGUCCCCAACAACCACUACACCCUUAAAGGAGUACCCACCCAUCCCGCCUUCCUCUCCCCCCAGGACCACUUCAUCCGUAGCUCGUUUCUGCAGACUGGCACAGUUUAUGGACGCUUCAUUCACGAAGAGCGCCAGGCCAACGGAGGUGCAUCGGUCCUGCACGCCUACGCCGAUGAACUGGCCUCUCUACAGCCAGGAGAGAUGGAGAGCUUUGCCCAGGAGUUCCUGGAGCUGGCCUUCGCUGAGAGGCCUGUAGGAGCGGCACGUUACUCCUUGGCUGUUGUGCAUGGGGCAGCUGCGUAUCUACCAGAUUUCCUGGAUUACUUUGCCUUCAACUUCCCCUCCACGCCGGUCAAGAUGGAGCUUCUAGGAAAGAAGGAUAUUGAAACGACUACUAUCGCUAACUUUCACUCUCAGGUGGGUCGGACCUACUGCUCUGGGACCUACCGGGCCGGUCCCAUGAGACAGAUCAGUCUGGUUGGAGCAAUGUCCGAGGAGGUGGGGGACUACUUUCCGGAGUUCCUGGACAUGCUGGAAGAGUCCCCUUUCCUGAAGAUGACCCUGCCUUGGGGCAGCCUUUCCAGCCUGAAGUUGGACUGUCGUUCGCAGAGCGAUGACGGGCCCAUCAUGUGGGUUCGGCCGGGCGAGCAGAUGGUGCCAACUGCUGACAUGCCCAAGUCACCCUUCAAGCGACGCAGGUCCAUGAAUGAGAUCAAGAACCUUCACUACCUGCCCCGGACGAGUGAGCCCAGAGAGGUUCUGUUUGAGGACCGCACCAAGGCCCACGCGGACCAUGUGGGCCAGAGCUUUGAUUGGCAGAGUACGGCAGCCGUGGGUGUGCUGAAGGCCGUUCAGUUUGGAGAGUGGAGUGAGCGUCCAAGGAUAACCAAAGAUGUGGUGUGUUUCCACGCUGAGGACUUCAACGAUGUCGUCCAGCGGCUGCAGCUAGACCUGUAUGAACCGCCUGUGUCCCAGUGUGUCCAGUGGGUGGACGACGCCAAGCUGAACCAGCUGAGGCGGGAGGGCAUCCGCUAUGUCCGCGUGCAGCUGUGUGACGACGACAUCUACUUCAUCCCCCGGAACGUUAUCCACCAGUUCAAGACCGUCUCUGCGGUCUGUAGCCUGGCCUGGCACAUCCGUCUCAGACAGUACCAUGAGGAGAAGGAUGGGGAGGAACACUGCAAACUGAAGAACAAUGACCAGAGCACUACAUCAGGUCAAAUAUUAUCUUCCCAGACAGCAAAGAGAGACGCAACGUGGGGAGCCUCGGUCAAGAUGGAGGAACCACUUUUCCAGAGACCUGCUACUCCACCCAGAGAGCCCCAGCAGACCACUUUUCAGUCUGCCAAGUUGGUCCACCUCCCCCCUCCCUACCUGGGCCUCAACGCCACUGUGACCGCCUCCGCUGGCUCCGGCUCAGGUUUUAACAGUUUGAACCCACAGCCCCUGGUCUGGCCUCCCUCUGGUCUGGACUACAACUCCCCCCGACCCCACAGCCAUUCUGACCUCCGCAAAUGACCCCCCCCCACCUUAAACGUACAAUACUUCAGCUUUUUUAGAGCUUAUUUAAAGGAAUGUGACUGCAUUUAUAACUGACGUUCCUGGGUAAAAAAAGUUAAUAAAAAAAUAACAUUUUUGAAGUUAUUCUUAAAUUA